CGUCAGUCAGCGGCCGGGCCCAUCUCGCGCUCCCCAUUCAUGCAGUUUGGUUGCGUGUUGGUGUAAUUUUACUGUUUGCAAUAAAGCGGGGUUUUUUUUGUUUUUUUUUGUUUAGUUUCUGCCGCAAUUAACUCUUGGUCCCUUAAACAUCUUCCUUUUUAUUUUUGGGGUUUUUUCCUGUCUUUUUUUUUUUUUUUUUCAGGACGGUCGGAACAGUUUUUCGCCGCUUCCAUUUAUUUUUCGAUAUCUUAUCUCUAUUAGGUUUUGCAAUCAACUAUUAAGGUGCAACUAUGCCCAAAAGAAAGGCUCCAGCUGAAGGCGAGGCAAAGGAGGAGCCAAAGAGAAGGUCAGCCAGACUAUCUGCUAAACCUGCUCCACCCAAACCGGAGCCAAAGCCCAAAAAGGCAGCACCUAAGAAAGAAAAAGCAGCAAAUGAUAAAAAGGAGGACAAAAAGGCAGCAGCAAAAGGGAAGAAAGGAGCCAAAGGCAAAGAGGAAACUAAACAAGAGGAUGCUAAAGAAGAAAACCACUCUGAAAAUGGAGAUACCAAAACUAAUGAGGCACCAGCUGCUGAAGCAUCUGAUGAUAAGGAAGCCAAGUCUGAGUAAUGUUAACCCUGUCCUAUAUCCAUCAUUUGGUAUCCGUACCUCCAUGCUGUAUUGUUAACAGAGAGGAAUAUUUUUAUCAACUAUUUUAUAACUGCAGGUUUUUUUAGCAUGAAUUUAAUUAUGGAACAUCUUCAUCUCAGUUACUUGGGAAUUAAAUCCCUAACAAACAAAACAACAACAAAAAAAUCAUUGUUUUAAAAUUUUGUGAUUGUAAUAGUUUGUAUGGUACAUGGAAAGAAUAAGUGGUGGUAGCUUUUGACUUCUGUCAGUGUGUUCCUUUUUGUGUAAGUCAUGCUUACAGACUUCAGAUUUUAAUUUUUCCCUUGUAUGUGUUGUAUGGUUUCUUAAAGUGGGGAGAUCUCAAAACAAAUAACCAUGUGAAACAUUCCAGUGGUUCUGUGAGUUGCUUUUAUAAAGAAGGUGAGCUAUUUUCAUGAAAAAACCUAAGAGCUAGAAAUCUGUUGUUUCCCAAAUGUAAUUUUAUUUUGUCAGUUUUGAAAAAAAAAAAAAAAGAAAAAUAAAUAAAUAAAAGUGUAAUCCUGUUUUUAAAUGAAAUACAAACAUUUCUUUUCAAAAAAGGCAGGUUGGUUGUAUGUACCCACUGUUAGGAAUUUUGCUGGAUUUAUCUUAAUAAAAAAGACUCCUCAAAAGC